GUUGACUCGACACAAGGCAAAAGCCCGUUGAACCCUUUUCAUUUCUGAAAACAAGGCCAUCAUGAAGUGUCUUCUUCUUCUUCUCAGUCUUACGGGGCUGUCGUCUGCCAUCUUCGUUAACAACGCCGCGUCGAGAUGUCCCAUCACUGUUUCGCAGGCUGAAGAGGUGUGCGGUGCCUUGAGGAAGCGCAGCAACCACUUCACUGCUCACCCGACAGAGUGCGCUGCUUUCGUCCAGUGUGAUGGUCUGGCACAGGCCACCGUCACCGCCGUACCUGAGGGCACCAUGUGGGACAACGAAGUGGGAGCCGCCGUCCACCUGCAGGCCAGCAGCUGCCCCCAGAGUCCCUGCCGUAUAAAUCACGACAUCAGUGACUGCAGCACGUGCUAUGGUUACCUGACCUGCCAGAACAACGAAGUUGUCUCCGCUUACUGCCCAGACGGCCAGAGUUUCAGCAGAACCGAGUCACGAUGCGUUUCUGAUCCCACAUGCCGAAGGAUUGCCGAACAGGAAACUCUGAAUUCCUGCACACCAAUACCCAACACCAACGCUUACAGAAGGACUGGACUAUCGCGUGGUAUUCCGUAUUCUGUUGACGUCACCUGUCCCGCUGCAACCGUCAUGAACACUACGUCAUGCGUCUGCGUCCACAGCGACGUCUGUCCAGUUGUCCUUGGUGAUCUUCAGAACCUAGAAUGCAAAGGCGAAACCACCCAAUAUUCUGUUCAAGGUCUGGAUACCAACGAACUCACUGGCGACUUCACUUUCACCGUUAGUGGCUUAACCAUCAGCAACGCCGCAUCAGGAGUUGUCGCUCUUGCGAGCAACUCUCGGUUUGAUGCACCAGGAUGUGAUCAUCCGACCUUUGAACUUGUACUGGACACUCUCCAGCGAACUGUCACACUGACAGCAGUCAGCGUGGAGCCUAAGACUGCGACAAUCUCAGCACAAAUAUCGAACCCUUCCAACGUGAACGAAAUCCGAGUUGAGCGUCGGGGAGUCACCAUUGCCCUUUACAUCAACGGCAACAAAGGAGGCGAAAGUAGCGUUCUCGGAGCUGAACGUCUAGCCAGCACAUUGUGCAGCUUGGACAUUUGCAAUUCCUUCAACAGGAACAGCCUCCAAGGCCAGAUCAGCAGAGUGAAACUUGUGCGUGAGUGCAGAUCACAGUAGUGAUCAGGACAUCGACUGCGACUACAGCAGCUCUGUACCUUCACUGCCUACAGUCUUCUGGCACACGAAGAUAACAAUAGUAUUUGACUAAAUUUGUGUGCACUUGACAUGGUACAAAGUAAUAAGCAUGUCAAACUAUUGUUUUCUGUAAUACUGACUUUGUCAAGUAAGAUUGUUUGACAAUAAAUUGCUAUCCGC